CUUUGUUCAUAAAUGUCAGGUUGCAGUUCCUCGACAAACGUCACUUGUGACGGCGAACCAAAUGAUGUUGUAGAAUGGCCAAAGUUUCUUCUAGUCAAUGCAGAUCCUCGUGGAUUGUUUGGGAACAACCCUAGGUUUAUGGGAACAGACGAGCAUAUUUUGGGUAUUACUUUGGAAACAAACGAAGAAGGAAUGUUGACUGGAAGUUCAAAUCGUGGGGAUAUUUCUGUGCAAUUUGAAUUAAAAUAUGUUGAUUUGGUAUUCAAAUAUGUUGAAGGGAAACAUUCUAAAGGGGAAAAUGUCAAUCCAGAAGAUUAUUUCGAUACUUCUGUUAUUGUUGUACCUCAAGUUCGAGUUUCUGGUGCUAGCUGGAAGGCUAUUGUACAAGCUCGUUUCUAUGUUUCCGAAAAUUUUGAUGAGUUAAAGCUGGCAUUUUCAGAGAUUCUUUGUUUGAGUAAUGAAUGUUCUUCUAAUCUUCUGACUUUAAAUUUUGGACCAAAUGUCAUUACUAUGAAAAUGGAAAUGAGAUAUAUCUAUGAGAGCUACAAUGAAUUGCCAACAUUCUAUAAGGGAGAUAUGAGUGUUUACUUUUCUCCAUUCAGUUCUCCAGCAUUAAUGGAUAGAGCUCUAAUGGCUUUGUACACUCCAAAAUUGGUAAUGUCUGGUGAAGUUAUGCCUCCCUGUACUUCUUUCUUUCCUGAUUAUAAUAUGGAACGAGAAGAAUUUAUUCAACUCUUAUAUAGAAUCUAUCGUUCAAAAUGCCCCUUAAAUGAGGAUAAUUUUCGGGCAUUAUGUUCUGCUGCAAGUAAAUUAGGGAAUGAAUUGUUGCUUUGGCCGUUAUAUAAAAAUAUUGUUAAUGAUACUUCGUUAGAUUUCCCUCAAAGAGUUAAUAAAGCACUUCAAUUAGGCCUAGAUUAUGCAGCUAAACAAAUGUGUUAUAAUGCUGUUAAAAGUGGGGAAUGGCAAAAUCUUCAAGAGAAAGGGUUUAAUGCAAGAGAUUAUUUUGGAGAUACUUCCUACUAUAAAACUGUUAUUCCAACAAUUAUUGAAGCUAUUAGAGACCAAUUAAGUUAUGACCCAAAAGUUUAUGGUUGUUUGUAUGAACAAAAAUAUCCUCACAAAUUACCUACUUUUGACACUCCAACAGAUGCAAGUGAUCCAAAUAAUGUUGGGAUGUUAAUUGAGGGAAAGAUAAUUUUUGUGAAUAUUGGGAUAUUAAGGACUUUUAGCCGUUUGGAGUGUUUUUAUUUUGAAAAUGGUGUUUAUCAUCCAAAAAUUUCGAAUGAUUUAAAAGAAGAAAUGACCAAUCAAAAUCUUCGUUUAAUUCAAAUAGUCCUUCCAUUAUUUCAACUUCUUUAUGGUGUCAAUAAUUAUGUUCAGUCUAAUUUAGUUAGGGCCUGUCUUAUUUUUGCUAAUGAUCAUCAAAUGAAUGAAAUUGUUGGAGAAAUGGAAGAGUUAUUAAUUAAUGAAUUAAUUGACAGUCCAGAAAAGUUGCUAAAUCAUUUGAAAUUAGCUGAAAAGUAUGGAUUGAAGAAUUUGGAACGGAAAAGUCUUUGGCAAUUAGAAUGUAAAGAAUAUCAUAAAUUUGGUCUUGCAAUGAUUAAUUUGCCUGAAUAUCAAAAAUUGAGAAUUAGAAAUUUUGUGGAGGAACGUUUGUGUUGUGGUUGGGCUGUUGAGGAUGAGGGGUUGGCUAAAAAAGAGCCAACACUUGUGAGUUCUUUUCUGCUAAACAUUGAUCAAAAUAGUAAAGUGAUUGUGAAAUCUAUGGCUAAUUCUGAUAUUAUAUCAGUUAAAGAUAGUUGCAUUUCUGACGAGCCAACAUUCAAAUCUGUCUCUCAAUCAUCGAGUACGGGAACUUCUAUGUCAAAUAUGGCGGUAACUGCAAAGUCUGCGAUGGCACUAUAAAAGAAAUGGAUAAUAAAUAAAUAUAAGAAUAAUGUAUGUAGAUAAUUGUUGUUAAUAUGUAGGGUAUAAUAAUAUUGUUUGUAAUAAUUAAUGAAUGUAUACAUAUAUAGUUGUUUAUAAUUGUUAU